CUGCUGUGCACACACGCCACACACCUGCCUGUCAACUGGGAGCAGGGUGGAUCACCUGAGAGGACCGACGCCAGCACACCUUGCACCAUGGAAUUCCUUUUCCAGUUGCUCUUCUCCCCUCUCCCGACCCCGGCCAUCAUCUCCCUGUUUGCCCUGGCAGCUGCGACCCUGUUUUACCUCAACUCACGGCCCAGUCCCCUUAGGACCCCCACUGACCUCAACAGCCAAACUACAGGCAUCAAGGAUGGAGCAAGGAAAGCUGCAUUUCUUGAUAACAACAACCUGGUGUCUUAUUACCAUGACAACGCACAGACCAUCUAUGAAGUUUUCCAAAGGGGUCUGAAAGUUUCAGGUAACGGACCAUGCUUGGGCUACAGAAAACCAGGAAAGCCGUACCAGUGGCUGAAGUACAGACAGGUGUCUGACAGAGCGGAGCACCUGGGGUCAGGGCUCCUCCAUAAGGGUUUGAAGCCACAGCAGGACACUUUUAUUGGCAUCUUUGCUCAGAAUAGACCCGAGUGGAUUAUUGGUGAACUGGCAUGUUACACCUACUCCAUGGUAGCAGUUCCCCUGUACGACACCCUGGGUCCUGAGGCUCUUGUGUUCAUUAUUGACCAAGCGGAGAUCUCCACUGUGCUUUGUGACAAUCAAAGCAAAGUAGAAACACUGCUGCAGAACUGUGAGAAAGGCCAGACUCCGGUCCUCAAAACUAUCGUCGUCAUGGACCCUUUCAACUCUGAGUUGGUCGAGCGAGGAACAAAGUGUGGCGUGGACAUUGUGUCCUUACAGGAUGUGGAGGCUCUGGGGAAAAGUAACCAUCAAAAGCCACUUCCACCGAAGCCUGAGGACCUCAGUAUUAUUUGCUUCACCAGUGGCACGACAGGAAACCCUAAGGGAGCGAUGCUGACCCAUGAGAAUGUUGUCUCUGAUGCUGCAGGUGUAAUCAAAACCUUUGAGUCGGCAGUUGUUCCAAAUACUCAGGAUAUCAGCAUUUCAUUCCUGCCUUUAGCGCACAUGUUUGAGAGAGUUGUACAGAUCGUGAUGUAUGGUGCUGGUGCUAAGGUAGGGUUCUUCCAGGGGGACAUCAGACUUCUGCCAGAUGACAUGAAAACCCUUCAGCCCACCAUUUUCCCUGUGGUGCCUCGACUUCUCAACCGCGUCUAUGACAAAGUUCAGAGUGGAGCCCAAUCAGCUUUCAAGAAAUGGCUGCUGAACUUCGCUGUGGAGAGGAAAUACGCAGAAGUGAAGGAGGGCAUCAUCAGGAACAACAGCAUAUGGGACAAGCUGAUCUUCCACAAAGUCCAGGAGUCUUUGGGAGGACGUGUGCGGGUCAUGGUGACCGGAGCAGCGCCCAUUUCUCCCUCUGUUCUCAACUUCCUCAGAGCUUCCCUGGGUUGCCAGAUCUUUGAAGCAUAUGGUCAGACAGAGUGCACAGCCGGUUGUACCUUCACCUUGCCAGGAGAUGCCACCUCAGGACAUGUCGGCGUGCCUCUGCCUUGUAACGUUGUGAAGUUAGUGGAUGUUGAGGAAAUGAACUAUUUUGCAUCAAAUGGUGAAGGAGAGGUCUGUAUCAAAGGUAGAAAUGUGUUCAAAGGGUACUUGAAAGACCCUGCGAAGACUGCAGAGGCCUUGGAUAAAGACGGUUGGCUCCACACUGGGGACAUUGGAAAAUGGCUGCCGAGUGGAGUCCUGAAGAUUAUUGAUCGGAAGAAGAAUAUCUUCAAGCUGGCUCAAGGAGAAUACAUUGCACCAGAGAAGAUUGAGAAUGUCUACGUCCGAAGUGGACCUGUUGCCCAAGUAUUUGUGCAUGGAGACAGUCUACAGUCCUGCCUGGUUGCAAUUGUAGUCCCUGACCCUGAGGUCCUGCCAGGUCUUGCCAAGAGUCUGGGCUGCCAAGGCUCCAUUGAGGAUCUCUGCAAAAAUAUGGCAAUUAAGAAAGCCAUUCUUUCCGACAUGACCAAACUGGGCAAAGAAACAGGACUUAAGUCUUUUGAGCAGGUGAAAGAGAUACACCUCCACCCAGAGCAGUUCACCAUUGAGAACGGUCUGCUUACUCCCACACUCAAAGCCAAGCGGGCUGAGCUCAAAACUCUUUUCCAGCCACAAAUUGACAACCUUUAUGCCAAAAUCCAAUAAAUGGAGUGAACCUUCACCACAAACACAC